CUUGCCACAAUUAAGUAUUAGUCAAAACAACACACUUAGUUAAAUCUAAUUAUUGGGUGAUGUAAACUAUGUCAGUAUUCAACUAAGUCAAAUAUUAGCUGAUAAGGAUCAGGAUCAGAAAAACGACUAGACAAAAGAACAAAAUUUGACAGCGCACUCUACAUUCCAAGAGAGAAAAUUAAGAGGAGUUAAACAGUCUGAUACAUAUUUCAUAAAGCGAUUAUCCAUUUUGUUGAUAAUUGAGGUAUUGAUGCGUCAAAGUUUCCACAUUAAUUAUUACUUUGAAAAUUUAAAUUAAUUUAAAUCAAUUCAAUUUUAGUUUUAUUUUAAUUUUAAUUUCAAUUCCCUUAUAUUACAUCUUGAUAAUAAAUUUCAAUUAUAAUUAAAUAAUUUAAUCAUUGUUCAACUUUUCUUAUCUCAAUAAAAUUUAAUUUAAUCAACUCUAUCAAUUAAUAACACAAGAUCAUAAUUAUCUAUAAUGAAACGUAUGGCAUUAUAUAUUGCCAAAAUACUUUUGAAAAGAGCAUUAGGUGAUGAUGAUGAUUUUGCUGAUCCAGAUAUUGAACCUGAUGUACCGGAUAUUUCAACCCCAGAUGAUGAUAUUGAAGAUAAUCCAGUAGCUGAUGAAAUCUUUUCAUCAUGGGCAUUAUUUAUAUUAUUAUUUUUACUUGGUAAUGCCUUAUGGUCUUCAUAUUUCUUACAACAAAGAAGAAUUAAAGCAAUUCAUGAAACAGUUUUAUCAAUCUUUUAUGGUAUGACAGUUGGAUUAAUUAUUAGAGUUAGUCCUGGUCAUUAUAUUCAAGAUGCAGUUAAAUUUAAUUCAGGUUAUUUCUUUAAUAUAUUAUUACCUCCAAUUAUUCUUAAUAGUGGUUAUGAAUUACAUCAAGCAAAUUUCUUUAGAAAUUUAGGUUCAAUUUUAACCUUUGCAAUUCCUGGUACAUUCCUUUCUGCUUUAGUUUUAGGUAUAAUUCUUUAUAUUUGGACUUCUUUAGGAUUAGAUGGAAUUCAUCUUGAAUUUGUUGAUGCAUUAGCAGUUGGAGCAACAUUAUCAGCCACUGAUCCAGUUACAAUUUUAUCAAUUUUUAAUGCUUAUAAAGUAGAUCCAAAAUUAUAUACUAUUAUUUUUGGAGAAUCUUUAUUAAAUGAUGCUAUUUCAAUUGUUAUGUUUGAAACUUGUCAAAAAUUUCAUGGUCAUGCCGUUCAUUUUUCAUCAUUUUUUGAAGGUAUAGGAUUAUUUUUAAUGAGUUUUACAAUUUCAACAAUUAUUGGAGUUUUAAUUGGUAUAUUUGUAGCUUUAGUUUUAAAACAUUCUCAUAUUAGAAGAUAUCCUCAAAUUGAAACUUGUUUAGUAUUAUUAUUUGCUUAUGAAUCUUAUUUCUUUUCAAAUGGUGCUCAUAUGUCAGGAAUUGUAUCACUUUUAUUCUGUGGUAUAACUUUAAAACAUUAUGCAUAUUUUAAUAUGUCAAGAAGAACUCAAAUUGCUACAAAAUAUAUCUUUCAAUUAUUAGCUCAAUUAUCAGAAAAUUUCAUUUUUAUUUAUUUAGGUUUAUCAUUAUUUACUGAAGUUGAAUUAGUAUUUAAACCUUUAUUAAUUAUAAUAACUUUCAUUUCAAUUUGUAUUGCAAGAUGGUCAGCAGUUUUCCCAUUAUCAAAAUUUAUUAAUUUCCUUUAUCGAGCAAGAUAUGAAAAAUUUAGUACUAGAUUAAAUGGUAAUACUGGAAUACUUAAUAAUCCUUUACCACCUGAAGAAAUUAGUCAUAGUUAUCAAAUGAUGAUUUUUUGGGCAGGAUUAAGAGGAGCUGUUGGAGUUGCAUUAGCUAUGGGUAUUCAAGGUGAAGCUAAAUGGACUUUAUUAGCUACUGUAUUAGUAGUGGUUGUAUUAACUGUAAUUUUAUUUGGUGGUACAACUGCUUCAAUGUUAGAAAUUUUAGGUAUAAAAAUUGGAGUUGAAGAUGCUAGUGAAUUUUCUGAUGAUGAAUUUGAAAUUGAAGCUCCAAGAUUACCAAUAUCAAAUACAAAUUUUUCAAAUUCUAAUUUAUCAAGUAGUGGUCCAAUCUUAGGAAAUAGAAGAUAUGCUUAUAAUUCUAAACUGCCAAAAGUUACUCAAAUUCCUAAAUUUAAAGAUAAUGGACUUGAAGAUCAUACUUUAUCACCUUCAAAAAGUAGCCUUGUAAGAGGUAGUCUUAUACCAGAUAAUGAUGAUGAUGAUGAAUUCCUUACUAGUGAUGUGGAUGAUUUAAUAAGUCCAGGACAUCGUAAUAUUGGUAAUCCUGGUAAUUCUAUUGUGGAUGAAUCAAAUAACUCUAGUGGAGUUUUAGGAGCUUUCUUAAGUGCAGAAGAACAUGCAAAAUGGUUUACUAAAUUUGAUGAACAAGUUUUAAAACCUGUUUUAUUGGAUACACUUCCAAGUUCCAGCAGUAACUUGAAUAUCAACAAUAAUAAUAACAACAAUAAUAAUAUUAAUAAUAGUAAUAAUAAUAGCAAUAAUAGCAACCCCAACCUUGGUGAUACCAACAAUAAUUAAUUGGAGUAUCCAAGAAAAGAUCUAUAGAGAUAUACGAAUACAGCAAACUUAAAAAUACAGUAUAUUUAUUU